AUGUCGAUUUCGGUAAAGCUCAAACAGUUCCAGAUACCGAGAUGCAAAGGGGAGAAACUGGCCAAGAUAGAAUUCAGGGGAGUUUCCCAUUUGACGAAGAUCCUGGGUGACGAUAGCUGUGAAAUACUGGUUGUAGAUCAAAGAUUCGACUGGCCAGUCGCCAGACCUGUAGAAGAGAACGAGUUACUGCUCAUUGAACUAUACUCUAGAAAUCGACUGUUUUCUGAUAAAUUGAUCGGCUUCUAUCGACUGGUGCUUCAGAAGGUCGUAAGAGAUGGAAGACUUUCAAUUUCCGACAGCCUCCUAGAUCCCAAUAAUCAGCCACUGCCCGCUCACGUAGAGUUCGACGUCCUCUACACCCUCCCAGACGAGUCCAUAGCAUCGUUCACGGGAUCCGACUUUCACAUGCUAGAAGAUGACCAGCAGAUGCUGAUAGACAUAGAGCAGAACAUUGCCAAUAUCGAACGCAGCCUAGCGGCAGGUCCUCACGGGACCAUUUCUUCGGCAUCGGACAAACGGGGGAGGACCAUGAAAAGAGCCAGCACCGUCGCCACCUCCGAUAAGUCCACAAGUCAAGACAAGAGGCGGUCCACUUUGAGGAGCAUGAAGAGUCUUAUGAGAUUCGGCAAACAAAGACCGCCGAAAGACAGCGAUAACGACGAGGAGAACGCGUCCCUCAUCCACGAGUCAGGAAGAGACUCUAGAACUUCCGAUUUUGAUUCGGCUCCCUUAUCGAGGGCGGGCAGCCAGAGUUCGAUUAGUUCUAACGGUGAAUGUUACAUGUCCGCUUCCAUGGUGGAAAAAAACCGGCGAGCAUCUAGACUGAAAGCCGACCUGAAGAGUACCAUCGUCGAAUCUGCGCUGAAAGCACAGGAUUUUCAAGUGUGCCUUACUAUAAUUGAAGCGCGGCAACUGGCAGGUCUCAACAUGGACCCCGUCGUUUGCAUCCAAGUGGGAGACCAGAAGAAGUACACCAGCGUCAAGGAGAGCACCAACUGCCCCUACUACAACGAGUAUUUCGUGUUCGACUUCCACAUGCCACCAAUAAUGCUGUUCGACAAAAUCAUCCAUUUAUCGGUGUUGCAGUCUCGGAACAUUCUCCGGGGUAACAAAUUAUUGGGCAGCUUUAAAUUAGACAUUGCUACCGUGUGGUCUCAACCAGAUCACCAGUUCUACCACAAAUGGGCCCUGCUCACCGAUCCAGAUGACAUCGCCGGCGGACCCAAGGGCUACCUCAAGUGCGACAUCAGCGUCAUCGGCAAAGGAGAUACCGUCAAGGUGCCACCGAAGAGCGAGAAGGACGAGGACGAUAUAGAGGCGAAUUUGCUGCUGCCCGACGGCGUUCCGACCGACAGGCAGAGGGCCCGUUUCAUCGUGAAGAUUUACAGGGCCGACGGCUUACCGAAAAUGAAUUCCUCCCUGAUGGCCAACGUGAAGAAGGCUUUCACCGGGGAACUCACCGACCUCGUGGAUCCCUACGUUCAAGUGUCUUUCGCGGGGCUCAUGGGGAAAACCAGCGUGAAGAAACACAGCUACGCGCCGGUGUGGAACGAGCAGCUCAUUUUCACGGAGAUGUUCCCCCCUUUAUGCCAGAGGAUUAAGAUCCAACUUCGCGACGAGGAUCCCGUCAAGCCCACCGUCAUCGGCACGCAUUUCGUAGACCUGAAGACCGUCUCCAAUGACGGAGAGAAGGGAUUUCUGCCCACGUUUGGCCCCUCUUUCAUCCACCUCUACGGAUCCACCCGAGAUUACAGCCUCAUUGACGAGCAUUCAAGUUUGAAUGCAGGAUUAGGCGAAGGUGUUUCGUACCGAGCUAGGCUUCUGGUGUCUAUCAGGACGGAGAUAUCCGACAACAUCGACCUGGCUCCGGCAGCAGUGGAAUUAGAACCCACGGUGCCAGUCAACGAGACGUCCUACGCGAAAAACGAGGAGUUCUUUUUAUUCGCCACCAUCCUGGAAGCGUCAAUGAUUGACAGAAAGUUGGGUGAAAAACCGGUUUACUUCGAAAUAAGCAUCGGGAAUGCCGGCAACGCUAUUGACGGCCAUAAUGAGUCUGCUAGGGAGCACUACGACUCGGACAGUGACGAAUUGGAGGCUGUGUCGUCCGAUAGCGCAUCCUGGCAAAGCACCACAACCCCAACUAAGCCCAUGACUCACGACAAAAUAUACUACUUUUUGCCUUACUGGGACAACAAGCCCUGCAUGCACAUCAGGUCCGUUUGGCCGGAUUACAGGAGACGGAUGUAUAAUUCCAACAUAAUAGCCAAAAUUACUGAAAAACUGGAGGACGGACUAACGGAAGUGAAUUCAUCGGUAGAAGCCGACGUAGCCGACGUGGAGACCCAACUCAAGCAGGUCCUCGAGGACUUGUCCAUAGGUUGCGCCAAGUACGUAACCAUCUCCAAGGCUUCAGUUACUGGUCCCGGAACGGGAAAAACGAAGCUCGAUAAGGAGCAUUUAAAGUUAUGUCAACGAGAAAUCGAAAACAUCGGCAUCGCUGCUAGGAAUUUACGAGCCCUCGUAACAAAGAGUUCAUUCAAGGAGCGCUAUAAAACAUCCCAGACGUAUCUGACUAAACUCAAAUUUCUUACGGAGGACCCACAGCACGCUCUACCUGAUGUAUUCCUUUGGAUCAUCAGCGGUGGAAAAAGGCAGGCCUACCAACGCAUUGCGGCCAGGGACAUUAUUUAUUCAAUAGUGGACGAGGAGAGCGGCAAAGAUUGCGGAAAGGUGCAAACCAUGUUCUUGAAGCUGCCUGGCAAGAAGGGGAUGGGGCCGAGCGGGUGGUCCAUACCGGCCAAGCUCCAGAUCUUCCUGUGGCUGGGCAUGCUGAAGCACAAGAAGAAUUUCAUCAACGGCAUUCCUAAAGGGUACGAGCAGACGCAGGAAAUUCGAAACGUCGAGAGGCCGAGAGCGCUACCGCCGUCGAUCAUACAUUACGUCGAGAAGCAUAUGUUCCAGCUUCGCGCUCACGUUUACCAAGCCAGGUCUCUGAUCGGCAGCGACGCCUCGGGCCUGUCCGAUCCGUUCGCGCGCAUCAUAGCCGGGGAAUUCUGCAGAACGACCCAAGUAAUCGACGAAACGUUGAGCCCCACUUGGGACGAGCUGUUAAUUUUCGAGGAGAUUCUGAUAUACGGAACGGCCGAUGAGAUAAAGCACGAGCCCCAGCCGAUCGUAAUUGAAAUUUUUGAUCAGGACAAAGUGGGCAAAUCGGAAUUCAUCGGGAGAACGCUGGCGAAGCCUCUCGUGAAGCUGAGGGACGAGCCGUAUGCCAAGCCGAGAUUUCCGCCCUCCCUGGAAUGUUUCACGAUAAGGCGAGGGACUGACCACGCUGGUGAACUCCUAGCAACCUUCGAGCUGCUAGAACUCCCCAACGAAAUAGAAGGAGGAUCCCUGCCCGCCCUGCCUCACCCCAAAGACAUACCGAUCUACCACGAGACCGACCCCAAACACGUAGGUCCACUCUUACCCGUGCCGCGAGGGAUAAGACCGACGCUGGCCAGAUACCGCAUCGAGGUGCUUUUCUGGGGAUUGCGGGAUCUGAAAAGGAUCCACCUCCUAACCGUGGAUAAGCCCAGAGUUGAUAUUGAGUGCUCUGGCCACAUUCUGUAUUCCAGCAUCAUCCAAAAUUAUAAAAAGAAUCCGAACUUCAGCACUCCAGUGAAGUUCCUUGAUCUUGAUCUACCCGAGCAGGAAUUGUACAGGCCACCGCUGACGAUUCGUGCAGUGGACUGCAGAAGUUUUGGAAGGUACACCCUUGUAGGCACACAUAUGAUCAAUUCUAUCCACAAGUACAUGUACACGCCCUUAACGAAGAAAGAAAGGGAGGCGGAGGAGAGGAAAAAAUCUCUGAACCAACUGAAAGCAUUGGAUUGCAGUGUAGGAAACAACCAAAUAUCCCCGACUAAGGUGUCUUGCAGCAACAGUGACAAAGAGAAGAGUCCUUUACUGCCUAAGGAUAUAUCCAUUUCAAUAGGUUAUGGAACGCAAGAUGCCACAAAGAAGAUGAAGACCGAGUUAAACAAGAAAAGGAAACACAGCAUUGAUGACGACGUCGAGGACGAAGAAGAUAGCAAAGAUUGGUGGACGAAAUACUUUGCGUCGAUAGAGAGGAUGAUAGAGGACUCAAAGGAGGCGAAGAAGGUCCUUAAUCAGAACGGAAAUUUGCAAGUCUACACCGACGACGACAACAAUCCCCACUCCGGAAACAGUUCGGAUAAGAGUCCGGGCCAAGGGGAGCAAAGAAAACGGUUCGGAUUCAAGACGGCGGCGACGGCGUCGAGGUUCGCCGCCAGGAUCAGUCCCAAGAGCGUCAGGAAGCGGAGCAAAUACAAACCGGUGCUGUGUAAGAUAUAUCCUACGGAGUUAGAGCAAAGACCAGAAUUUGAUGAAUUUAAAGAAUGGUUGCAUACAUUCGAACUAUAUAGAGGAAAAAAGACUGGAGAAGAUUUCGAAGACGAGAGUAGAGUUGUUGGUUAUUUUAAGGGUGCUAUAAAAGUGUACAAAUGGCCUUUACCGAAAGACAUAGACGACAAAACGAUAAUGGGCUUCGACCCUCAGUACGGGUUCUUUCAAGGACUGCCUUCGAACGACCCCAUCAGGGUGUUAGUCAGGGUGUACAUAGUUAAAGCGAACGACUUGCAUCCGAUGGAUUUGAACGGUAAAGCGGAUCCAUACAUAGUGUUACAAUUGGGAUCGAAAAGGAUAAGCGAUAAAGACAAUUAUAUUUCGAAACAGCUCAAUCCGGUCUUUGGCAAAUGUUUCGAGAUCGAGGCAACUUUUCCGCAAGAUUCGCUACUGACGGUCCAGAUUUACGACUGGGACCUGGUCGGUUCCGAUGACAUGGUUGGCGAGACGAAAAUCGAUUUAGAAAAUAGAUUUUACAGUCGGCACAGGGCCAGUUGCGGCCUCCCGGAGAAAUACGAGGAGCAGGGCUACAACGCUUGGAGGGACGCUAUGAAACCGACCCAGACCCUAGCAAAACUCUGUAAGGACGCCAAGGUGGAACCUCCAGUUUACGCAGACGGGCAGGUGAAAAUUGGCAAACAAGUUUUUUCGGUGCUGACCGAAGACGUGGACUUUUACAGGUCGAGGGAAGCGGAAGAACACAUGGCCUUGGCAGUAUUGCAUAGGUGGGACGAGUUCACCAAGAUAGGCUGUGCCUUGGUUCCGGAGCAUGUGGAAACAAGGCCUCUCUACAACCCCGACAAGCCUGGCAUAGAACAGGGAAAAUUAGAAAUGUGGGUCGACAUGUUUCCAAUGGACAUGCCGUUACCCGGCCCACCGCUUGACAUAUCGCCCAGGAAGCCUAAGAGUUACGAAAUGAGAGUCAUCAUAUGGAAUACAGACGAUGUUGUACUGGAAGAUGACGCUUUCUUCACCGGUGAAAAAAUGUCAGAUAUUUACGUGAAAGGGUGGUUAAAAGGUCAAGAAGACUGUCAGUGUACAGACAUUCAUUAUCGCUCGUUAACCGGUGAAGGUAAUUUCAACUGGAGGUUCAUAUUCCCGUUCGAUUACAUGGUAGCCGAACAAAAAAUUGUGAUAUCCAGAAAGGAGUCGCUCUUUUCGUGGGACGAGACGGAAUGUAAAAUUCCCGCAAGAUUGGAAUUACAAGUAUGGGAUGCGGACCACUUCUCAGCAGACGAUUUUCUGGGAGCCAUAACUCUGGAUCUCAAUCGGUUUCCCAGAGGAGCGAAAUCGUCAAAGCUUUGUACAUUAGACAUGUUAAAGACUGACGGUUCUGUACCUAUGGUAAACAUAUUUAAACAGAAAAGGGUGAAAGGUUGGUGGCCAUUCUUCGUAAAAAAAGAUAACGAGGAAAUGGAAUUGACUGGUAAGGUGGAAGCGGAAAUCCAUUUGUUAACCAAGGAGGAAGCAGAGAAAGUGCCUGUUGGCAUGGGUAGAAAUGAACCAGAUCCCUUAGAAAAACCAAACCGACCAGAUUCCUCGUUUAUGUGGUUCAUGAAUCCGCUGAAGUCAAUCAGGUACAUUAUAUGGCACAAUUACAAGUGGACUAUACUGAAGCUUUUCAUUAUCAUAGGUUUAGCAAUAAUUAUACUAUUAUUCUUUUAUUCUAUACCAGGUUACACUGUAAAGAAAAUGAUAGGAGCUUAACUCAAUACAAAACUGACUGCCUGUUUGUAAUAAUUAAAAUUAAUAUUAGCACAAAAACUGUCUAAAUAAAUGAUUUGCGACUGAUACUCAACUUUAUUGGCUCAAAAAAGAUAUACUUUCCCUAUUUUUCUUUAUAUGCUCUGUUUAAUUGUAUGCCGCGAAAAUAUGUCUGAUGUUUAAUGUUUUUAGCUGAAUUUUUUUUAACGUAUAAAUAAU